CCCAUCCAUCCAUCAGCUACUCAAACAGCUUCUCCAGCUACUACGUACGUACUCAACCUCACACACCCACGUACAACCAUCCAUCCGUCGAUCAGAAGGUUCACCAGCAACGUCGGCCAUGUCGUGCUCCUCCAACCUCUCGCUCAACGCCCACUCCCUGCUCGGCAGCCCAGCCGGCCGGCCAGCUCCCCGCCUGCUCCUCCCCCAGAAGCCUCCCACUGGCAGCCACGGAGCGUACACUACCUGUCGGACACGACGCCCGUCGUCUCAUGUCACGUCGGCGGUGUCAGCCGACAAAGCGCCACCCACAAAGGAGAAGAAGGCGGACUCCUUCGUCGGAGACAUGGAACGCGGCACCCUCGCUGAGGAUUCCGGCCGCUCCGACGGCGAGCUCACGUCCCGGUGGCGGGAGAUGCACGGCUGCAACGACUGGGACGGCCUGCUGGACCCCAUCGACCGGACGCUCCGCGGGGAGCUCAUCCGGUACGGCGAGUUCUCGCAGGCCUGCUACGACUCCUUCGACUACGACCGCUUCUCCCGCUACGCCGGCACCUGCAAGUACGCCCAGGAGACCUUCUUCAAGGACGUCGGUCUCACCGGCGUCGGCUACGAGGUAGCCCGCUACCUCUACGCCACCUCCCACGCCCGCUUCCCCAGCUUCGGCGUCCAGAAGCACAACCCCAGCGAUGACCGCAUGUGGAGCGAGACAGGCACCUUCAUCGGCUUCAUCGCCGUCUCCACCGACGAGGAGACGGCGCGGAUCGGCCGCCGGGACGUCGCCGUCGCCUGGAGAGGCACCGUCACAAAGCUCGAGUGGAUCGCCGACAUAACCGCCUUCCUCAAGCCCGUCGGCCAGUUUGGCCUCCCGUGCCCCGACCCCAGCGUAAAGGUGGAGGAGGGUUUUGCCGAGCUCUACACCAGCAAGAACACCGACUGCAAGUACUGCAAGUACUCGGCGCGGGAGCAGGUGCUCGCCGAGGUGCGCAAGCUGGUGGAGCGCUACACCGGGCAGGGCGAGGAGGUGAGCGUCACCGUCACCGGCCACAGCCUCGGCGCCGCGCUCGCCGUGCUCUGCGCCUACGACAUCGCCGAGACACGCGCCAACGUGUCCACCACCGGCGCCAAGGCGCCCGUCUGCGUCUUCUCCUACUCCGGCCCGCGCGUGGGGAACCCUAGGUUCAGGGAGCGGUUCGAGGGUGACCUGGGCGUCAAGGCGCUGCGCAUUCUCAACGUGCACGACUCCGUGCCCAAGGUGCCCGGCAUAUUCACCGAGGCCGUCCUCCCCAUGCCGUUGCUGCGGGUGGCCGGUGCGCUCGGCCUGCCCAGCGUCUACUCCCACAUCGGCGUGGAGCUGGCGCUCGACCACAGGCUCUCCCCUUUCCUCAAGAACGUCUUCGACCUCGCCUGCUACCACAACCUCGAGGCGCACCUCCACCUUCUCGACGGCUACCAGGGGCGCGGCAAGGAGUUCAAGCUCGGUGGCAGGGACCCGGCGCUCGUCAACAAGGCGGCCGACUUCCUCGUGGACGAGCACAUGGUGCCGCCCGUGUGGCGCCAGGAGUUCAACAAGGGCCUGGUCAGGACGGAGGACGGGCGGUGGCAGUUGCCCCAUCGUCCGAGGCAUGUUGAGGGUCACCCGGAAGACACCGAUCUGCACCUCGCUGAGCUUGGAGUUGCCGCAGCCGUUACCGCCAACGCCACCGCUGCCGCCACCGCCAACGUCUGAUCGAUCCAUCGAUGCACCGGAAUUGCACAUGUCGUCAAUUCAUCACUAUUAAUUGCAAGUAUAUAUAUAGUUGCAAUGACUAUACUAGUUACGUAGUUACGCUCGAGUUUCCCUAUCUUAGAUUGGAGUAGCCUCAAUGAAAUUUAUAUACACCCGGAUCAUCCAAAAAUUAAUCUUAUGGCCCGGUAAAUCAUUGUAUGCCAAUAAAAAGUAACAUUAAGAGCGCUAGUUAAAAUGAGAUAUAUGUUUUGUACGA